UUAGCAGUUUCUAUUUACUAAAAUAAUUGCAUUUCCAUGUUGUGUGUACUGUGGGAGACCAGAUAUAGUGAAUGCAGGGUCCGGGGGAGACCGGAUAUAGUGAAUGCAGGGUCCGGGGAGACCGGAUAUAGUGAAUGCAGGGUUCCGGGGAGACCAGAUAUAGUGAAUGCAGGGGUCCGGGGAGACCGGAUAUAGUGAAUGCAGGGUCCGGGGAGACCAGAUAUAGUGAAUGCAGGGUCCUGGGGAGACCGGAUAUAGUGAAUGCAGGGUCCGGGGAGACCGGAUAUAGUGAAUGCAGGGUCCGGGGAGACCAGAUAUAGUGAAUGCAGGGUCCGG